AUCGCAACGUUAAAGAAAAGCAGCAACACGCAGCACAUCCGUGUUUCCUUCUUCCACUUUUGGUUCCCUCUUUCGACCGCCAGAGGCCCGCGUUCACUCGGUCACAUGACUGGAGGAGCUCGAGCACACUGCAGCGGAAACCCGAGUGCCAGUGAUGUCAUGCCGCUAGCUGUCUGCUGACCACGGAUGGCUGUUUGUGCCAGGCUCUGCGGUGUGGGUCAGUCGCGGAGGUGCCGCAGGCGACCGCGACACAAUCAACAGGACCGGCGCAGCGAUUCUGACAUGGACGACGACGAGGAAGAGGAGCGGAUCGUGGGCGAGAAGCGAGGCGCCGCCGGCUGCUUGGACCGGGAGAGCGGCGUCAACACCGCAGGGCCGAGCCCGGCUCACCGCAGCGCGCUCGACGGGGCGGAACACUCGCACCCGCAGGCUUUGUCGGAACUACCGCCGGAGCUUUUAGUGGAGAUCUUCUCCAUACUUCCCGGAACUGCGCUACCCAACGUCGCCCUCGUCUGCAAGAAAUUUAGACAAAUUCUCAACACAGAAACCAUUUGGAGACGGCGGUGCGUUAAAGAGUUCCACGUGAAGGAGGAUCUGAGAAAGAUGGAAGUGGGUGGAGUUUCUAGCCGUGACCUUUAUGUGAAACGUUUGAACCCACGAGUGAAGUUUGGGCAGUUCGUGAAACUCCUUCCGGACUACGAACAUAUGGACUAUAAAGAUGUGUACACACACUUACUUCAUCCAUACAGGCACAUUUUGGGAUUGUGGCAGCCUGACAUAGGCCCUUAUGGGGGGUUACUUAAUGUAGUGGUGGAUGGGCUGUUCAUCAUCGGCUGGAUGUAUUUGCCACCGCACGACCCUCGUGUGGAGGAUCCUAUGAGAAGACGGCCUCUCUUUCGUGUCCACAUGUGGGAGAGCAAAAAGGCCACUGUGGAGUGUAUGUAUGGACACAAGGGUCCGCACAAAGGAGACAUCCAAACUGUCAAGAAAGAUGAAUUUUCUACAAAAUGUAACCAGACAGAUCACCAUCACAUGCCAGGAGGCAGACAGGAAGAGUUCAGGAGAUGGCUGGAGGAAGAAUGGGGCCGGACCCUCGAAGAAAUCUUCCACGAGCAUAUGCAGGAACUCAUCCUGAUGAAGUUCAUUUACACCAGCCAAUAUGAUAACUGCCUGACCUACCGCCGAAUCUACAUGCCUCCUGCAGCACCCACUGACUUAAUUCAUCCAGGCCUCUUUAAAGGCACCUAUGGCAGUCACGGUUUGGAGAUUGUCAUGCUCAGCUUUCACAGGACCUCUGCAAGGGCCACCAAACUCACUGGAGACCCCAACGUUCCUGCCGGGCAACUGACUUUGGAUAUUGAUUUGAGUCAGCCCCUCGUCCUCCCGGACUUGGAACAUCAGCGCAAUAUAGAGGAGCUGUCACGCCUCGUAUUGGGGGUACAUGAACAAGUACAGAGGCAAGUGAGGGAAGGCACCCCUGCAACAGUGAGAGCCCCUCCAGAGGCUGCUCGUGAUGACGCUGCCGGAGGAGACUCAGUGGAGGCCGAUCAUGGUGACAUUUCUGAUGACGGCCAGCCAGGUCCAACUGCAGGCCCCGGUCCUUCUGAGAGCCAACCCUUCAUCCUGCCUUUGGGAGUCAUGGCUCGCAAUGAAGUGUACCCACGUACUUGUAGAAAAUGCUUCUACGGGACAGGCCUGAUCGCCGGGCAUGGCUUCACAAGUCCAGAACGCACCCCAGGGCUAUUUGUGCUGUUUGAUCAAGAUCGUUUUGGCUUCAUCUGGCUGGAGUUGAAGUCUUUCAGUCUCUACAGUCGCCUGACGGACCACCUAGCCCAUGCACACGCCCCAAACUUGGAGAGAUUCGAGGCCAUGCUGCGCAACAUGCAGUCUUGGACAUCAUGAGAAGCAAUGCUUUAAGUCGCUUCCGGCAAUACAAUACAUCAUCGUCAUGUUAAUAAUUAUAAUAAUACCAAUAAACAUAAUAAUAUACAUCACAGCACGAUACUUCACCUCCCAUUCCCACAGUGGUACAUAGUAGAUCAUGACAUGACCUUUCCUAGCCUCUAUUUUAUUUAGUUUUACUGUCUGAUAAGUUUUACCACUCUGACCGUUCUUGAGUCAAGUCACUCGAGCGCAGCAUGAUAACGGGUCACAAGGUUAUUUAUUUAUAUAGUUCCUCCAGGAGAAACCGAUACUAUAUUGCAUACCACUUAUUACGGAUCAAACUUUAUGUGCCUCUGAUUCUAAAACCAUGUCUAUACUUUGUAGUAUUUUAGAAAAUAAUGCUGUGAUAUGGAUUUCCAUUCAGUGCUCAUUAUUUUCAACAACACGCUGCAUUUCAUUUGCAUUUGACUUUGCAGUAAAUUAUUUUUUUAAAAAAGUAAUGACUUUGGCUUUAGUUUGUAAAUCCCAUGAGUUAAAAUAGACAGCUUCUCAGGUAUUUUUUUGUCACAAAAUUGUGAAUAACAGGACACCACUCAUGUCUGUUUUUAAAAUAAUGUAUACAUUAAGAAACGCUUAAAAGAUAGCCCAGCAGGAAAAUAAGGGGUCUCACAACUGAGUGACUGCGACAGUUGGCAAAGGAAUUAGCAUCAAAUACUGUAGCUCAGAAUACUUUUUUUUUUUGCUCUUUGAGCUUUAGAUAUGUUUUCAUUGAUGCUCUUUGGCUUCUAAACAUUAUUUCACCACACUUGGGUUGAUAUCAGUUGAAAACAUGUACAGUAAUAGAAAUGUAUAAGCUAUAAUACACUGGGUUCAUUCAUUGUAUGAUAUUGUUUGGUGAGAGAUACAACAUUGCCACAUCUUGUAUCUUAUCACAUUUAAUUUUUAAAUGUUUGCCUGACCUGUUAUCCCAUCCAUAACUUCCUCUAAUUUUCAGUUUUUUUUUUUUUCACACCACUUUCUCGCUGAACAUUGUAGAACCUCAACAGUAUGUCUUGUUAUGGCUUGAUGACAUUGCCCAGUAGCUUUCAAACUACAAGUGCACUUUUCUGGGCAGUAUAGUAACUCAAAUCUAUAGACUGGGCACAUUGAGCAGUGUACUUGUAAUGUACUGCACUGCAGCUAUACUAAUAUUUGUGUGGGGUG